GACUGACAAGAAAAGACUAGGGGGGCGUGGACUCAAUUCUCCACACGCUCAGCAUAACCUUUUUAACGGCGUCUGCGACGACUAUUAAUUACAUUGUUUACUUCUGUUCAUCUGUUAUCGCAAUGGCACAAGCCGAUUCAAGAAACGAAGUAGCAGAGCGCAUUGGAUACAUCACACGAGUCCAGAGUUUCAGCGCGUGCCAUCGAUUGCACAGCCCGACGUUGAGUGAUGAGGUAAACAAGAGGAUAUUUGGGAAGUGCAACAAUCCCAAUGGCCAUGGACACAACUAUAAAGUAGAGGUGACAGUACGGGGAAAGAUCGAUCGUCACACAGGCAUGGUGAUGAACAUUACAGAUCUGAAGCAACACAUCGAGGAAGUCAUCAUGAUUCCGUUGGACCAUAAAAACCUGGAUAAGGACGUCCCCUACUUUGCCAAUGUUGUCAGCACAACAGAAAACGUGGCUGUAUAUAUCUGGGACAACAUGGUCAAGCAGCUACCAGCCAAUCUUCUCUACGAGGUCAAGAUUCAUGAGACUGACAAGAACAUUGUUGUAUAUCGAGGAGAAUAGCCAGCCACCUUCAGUGCCUUGUAAUUAGUAAGAUAUUUACUAAUAUAUAUUAUGUAGUAUGCACAUCUCAUGUUUUGAGUUCAUAGAUGGACUUAUACGGUGUGUUAAGUGUUAUGAUAGAGUUCAGGUUAUACUAUUGAAUAGUAUUGUGCAUCAUUUGCUGGUGCAAUCCACUCUACGACUUUGUUACAAUAAUAAAUGGAAUAGCUAAAAUUU